AUGAGAACUACACAAGUGCUCACCGGACUCGUCGCCCGUCGUUUCUUCGGCACAUCGUCUAGAAUCAUGGCUAGCGGAAAAACAUUGAAUGUGUCAAAUAUCAAUCCAAAUGUCAUCAAAAUGGAAUAUGCCGUACGUGGGCCAAUCGUCAUCAGAGCCGUCGAGCUUGAGAAGGAACUCGCCAACGGAGCUCAAAAGCCAUUCCCAAAUGUGAUCAAGGCUAAUAUUGGAGAUGCUCAUGCUAUGGGACAGAAACCAAUCACAUUCAUCAGACAGCUCUUGGCUUGUAUCGCGAACCCAUCAUUGAUGGAAACCGACAAAUCACUCCCUGCUGAUGUUAUUGAACACGCCAACGCCUUCCUCGGCAGCUGUGGAGGAAAAUCAGCUGGAGCCUACAGUCAAAGUACCGGAGUCGAAAUCGUCCGCAAGCAUGUUGCCGAAUACAUUUCCAGACGUGAUGGAGGUGUUCCGAGCAAUUCAGAGGAUAUCUGUUUGUCUGGCGGAGCAUCCGAAUCGAUUCGUAAUGUAUUGAAACUCUUUAUCAAUCGUAAUAAUGCCAAGAAGGUUGGAGUGAUGAUCCCAAUUCCACAGUAUCCAUUGUACUCCGCUACUAUUGAAGAAUUCGGGCUCGGACAAGUUGGAUAUUACCUCAGCGAGUCAUCCAACUGGUCUCUCGACGAGGCUGAACUUGAAAGAUCAUUCAAUGAUCACAGCAAGGAAUACGAUAUUCGCGUAUUGUGUAUCAUCAAUCCAGGAAACCCAACCGGACAAGUAUUGUCUCGUGACAAUAUUGAGACAGUUAUCAAGUUCGCACAAAAGAAGAAGCUCUUCAUUCUGGCUGAUGAAGUUUACCAGGAUAACGUGUACGCUCAAGGAUCGGAGUUCCAUUCUUUCAAGAAGGUUCUCGUUGAGAUGGGCGAGCCAUACAGCAAACUCGAGUUGGCGUCGUUCCACUCCGUGUCGAAAGGAUACAUGGGAGAAUGCGGAAUGCGUGGAGGAUACGUCGAGUUCUUGAAUCUUGACCCAGAAGUCUACGUACUUUUCAAGAAGAUGAUCUCUGCCAAACUUUGUUCAACUGUUCUCGGACAAGCUGUUAUCGAUGCAGUAGUCAAUCCACCAAAGGAAGGAGAACCAUCAUAUUCUCAAUGGAAGAAAGAGAGAGACGCCGUCCUCGCAUCCCUCAAAGAACGUGCCACAUUGGUCGAGAAGGCAUACAGCAGCAUCGAUGGAAUCAGCUGUAAUCCAGUUCAAGGAGCCAUGUAUGCAUUCCCACAAAUCACAAUUCCACCCAAGGCUGUUGAGAAGGCACAAUCACGUAAUCAACAACCAGACUUCUUCUAUGCUAUGGAACUUUUGGAAUCGACGGGAAUCUGCAUUGUCCCAGGAAGCGGAUUCGGACAGAAGGAUGGAACUUAUCACUUCAGAACGACUAUUCUCCCACAACCAGAGCUAUUCAAGGAUAUGCUGGCUCGUUUCACCGACUUCCACGCCAAAUUCCUUGCCGAAUAUAAGUAG